CUCAUACUUAUCCUGACGUUCCUGUUCAGUUCACAUAAUCGUGCCGACCAGAGGGUGUCAGUCGUGUAUCCCGGCCUGUAUCGACCCGAUCUUCCGUCAGCCGCUCUUCUCGUUUUCCACGCAUUACCGGAAACGUUAUUUCUUCGAGCAUCAUCAUGUCCAGCGAGGUCCUUGGAAAACGUUACAAGCUCUCCAGCAGCGAAAACUUCGACGAUUAUAUGAAGGCACUCGGCGUAGGUAUGGUGACGCGAAAAAUGGGUGCCACCGUCAGCCCUGUCGUCGAAUUGACGGAGAAAGAUGGAGAGUAUACUCUGAAGACGACUAGUACCUUCAAAAGUGCGGAAAUAAAAUUCAAACUCGGUGAGGAAUUUGACGAAGAGACCGUGGAUGGUAGAAAAGUGAAGAGUAUCUGCACUCUGGAAGGUAACAAACUUGUACAGGUACAGAAAGGCGAUAAGACUACUACGAUUGAAAGAGAAUUUGCACCUACAGAGAUGAAAGCGAUUAUGAAGGUUGACGAUAUAGUUUGUACAAGGGUAUACAAGCUUCAGGAAUAAGCUGAGAAAACUAAGAAGCAUGCACAAGCGCGUAUGUAUGCUUUUAAAAGACAAAAGGUGUAAAAUAUUGUUUCAAAUCUGUCGUUCGAGCACAAAGAAAGUAUUGUUUAUACGCGUAUAAAAUAUAUAAUUAAAACAAAUUGUGUUCUUUUUCUACAAAGUUAGAACUUACAUAUUUAUAUACAUGUGUUUCUAAAAUGAGUAAUAGAAAUAAUUCAAACAAAAAUUAACCGCCUACAUUGUGCACAUUUUCUAAUGUAUUAUAUAUUGCAUAUUACAUAAUGAAAUAUCA